GUAAAAGUUGCCUAUUCAAAAGGGCGAUCAAAAAACCUCUUGCUCUAUCUUGCGUCCCUCCAUCCCUGAUCUCUAGGAACAGGGCUGACAGCAACACCAUUAAUCGAACGAGUCGGGAUGAGAAUCUCACAUGGUGCCGUUCUAACUCGUUACGCACGCAAUUGACGUAGCAGACCUCUUGCAUGAUUGUUUCAAUCAAUGAUGUAUUCAAUCAAGAAAGAAACGUCGUAAUAAGAUCAGGUUACAUAAUGGGUCUGUGAGGGAACAUCAAUAAAGAGGAUCAGACCAAGUGCGAGAUUGGAUCAAAAAUUGCGUAUGAAAGGAUUAUGGUCUAUCUAGUACAGUACGAUCGAUCAAGUCAUUCAAUUCUCUUAGCUAGGUCUUUAGAUAUAAAAGAGCGGGUAGUAAAUAUUGCUCCCGAGAAAAGCUUUCCUGUUUCCUUUGUGCAUCCUUCUUUUCCCAUGUCUUUCUUGGUUGGUAAAACCAACUGGCGAUUUACAACAAAUCAGUCUUUCUUUCGCAAGAAAAAAAGCGGAAGUAAAUUGAGAACAACUUAUAUGUUUAACAACCGCUUUGAUGAGAAUAGUCUGAACUCAAGUUCCAGUUAUCAUACAGCUUAUAGUCGAACUCCUAGUCAAUCCACAACGACUAUUACCGAUUAUAGUCUUCAAUCGUCCGGUACUCAGGGUUCUUCUCCUUCUUCUGGAAUUUUUGAGGAUCAUCCGGGUCUUAACCCGUCCAGUGAACGUAUAGUAGAGCUUCAGUCUGAGAUACACCAGAAAUUGGCAGAGUUGAUGACUAAUAAGAGUGCCCAAGAUGUUCAGGUUGCGGCCGAAGCUACACAUGCCGAAAGCGACAAUAUUGAAUUUUUAGAGCACAUAUUAGAUGAUUUGACCAAAAACGGAGUACAAAGUGAAACCUUUAAGGAAGUCAUUGUUAAUGUUCCCAGCCCUCUUGAUCAAUUUGAGAUAAUCCCAUUGAUUGAUAUGCAGAUAGGUGACUUGUAUUUCUCAUUCACAAAUCCCUCAUUGUUUAUGCUGCUCACUCUCAGUUUGGUCUUACUGCUGGUUCAUUUUGUUACUAAAAAGGGAGGAGGAAAGUCAGUACCCAAUGCUUGGCAAUCCUCGGUAGAGCUUAUUUAUGAUUUCGUGCCGAACCUGGUAAACGAACAAAUAGGUGGUCUUUCCGGAAAUGUGAAACAAAGGUUUUUCCCUUGCAUCUCGGUCACUUUUACUUUUUCGUUAUUUUGUAAUCCCCAGGGUAUGAUACCUUAUAGCUUCACAGUUACAAGUCAUUUUCUCAUUACUUUGGGUCUCUCAUUUUCUAUUUUUAUUGGCAUUACUAUAGUGGGAUUUCAAAGAAAUGGGCUUCAUUUUUUAAGCUUCUCAUUACCCGCAGGAGUCCCACUGCCGUUAGCACCUUUUUUAGUACUCCUUGAGCUAAUCCCUCAUUGUUUUCGCGCAUUAAGCUCAGGAAUACGUUUAUUUGCUAAUAUGAUGGCCGGUCAUAGUUCAGUAAAGAUUUUAAGUGGGUCCGCUUGGACUAUGCUAUGUAUGAAUGAUCUUUUCUAUUUCAUAGGAGAUCUUGGUCCUUUAUUUAUAGUUCUUGCAUUAACCGGUCCGGAAUUAGGUGUAGCUAUAUCACAAGCUCAUGUUUCUACGAUCUCAAUCUGUAUUUACUUGAAUGAUGCUACAAAUCUCCAUCAAACAGGAUAGUUAUUUAUAAUUGAACAAAAGCUAAGUUUCUCGAGCUACCGAGUUUACGAGAUGAAGGAGCGAUAACCUCAACCGAGAGUAGCUUGAUUGACCAGAGAGAGUUUCCUGCGACGAUAGGGUAAGAGCCGAUUCUUUCUUGCGGGGAACGCUUUCGUAACCAAUUUACAUUUCCUUGGCUUCAGGCUAGUCAACUCAUCUUAUGCGUUCUUUUUAAGAAAUCCAGUUAAAGUACUAAAAAGUCAAAGAAAGAGAAGGAUCUAGUGACGUAAACCACAUGAUGCCAGUGGCGAUGAACACAUCCAGCCGAAGCCAAUAGCAAUCAGCACUCCGGUCAUGGUCUGAGAGGAAGAAAUGGGAAAAAUGGUUCCGGAGAGGGAAGGUACCACUUAAGAAGUCCCCAAUCGUUAUUUUUUUUUCAUGGGCCUUCGUUAUAUGAAAUUACACUGCCAGUAGUCAGCUUUCAAGUGACCUGUAGGGCUCCUGCCACAAGGAUGGGAUGGCUCUGGCUAAGCUUGCUCCAGGACAGGAGUGGUUGAAGAGAGGUACAACCUCUGUUCCAUUAUUUGAUUCCCCCUUAUCUAUCAUAGUCAGACUGGAGGCCGAGAGAAAAGGAUAGCCAAAAAAGACCCAUAGAUAGGGGGUUAUUAUCAGAAAGAUAAAAAGGAAUACGAAUUCUAUCCGUAAAUAGGAAACGAAUCUAGCACUACAACUAGAAGAAAGAAAAACUAGAGUCGCCGGUAGGCGCCCCGUCGGAUGUUUUCGUUGGAUUGGUUUUUGAGACGAAAAAUCGGAUGUCCCUUUAUCCAGUGCUGUAGAGGAGACAGCUGAUGGUGCUAAAUCAGAACAAUUGGUACCACACAUCUAAAAAAAAUCCGUCUUAGACUCUAAAAAAAAAAGAAAUAAAAGAAAGAAGAAUCUUUUUCGUAAAGAAGGUGUAUCCCCCAAGGCAAGGAAUCCAAUUCAGUGACAUAAGGGGUAUG